AUGGGUGUUUCUGAGGAAGACACGGUUACUUUAGAUGAAGCCCUCAACCGAGCAGAUGUCACGUUUCCAAUCAUUAUAACUAUAAACACAUUUUUUAUUAUUGCAGGUUUUGGCUUAUACAGCUGCUUCUUAUUAUCUCUGACGGGUCUCACAGUGAUCGCAUUAGUAUGUACGGCUUAUGGCACCACGAUAAUCGUACCAACUAGUGCUUGUGAAUUGAUGACCACAAGCGCCCAAAGAGGUUUCCUGGCCGCGGCUCCGGUUAUAGGCUUAAUCAUUGGAAGUGUGUUUUGGGGCUACCUCGCCGAUGUUUUUGGUCGAAGAUUAAUGCUAAUUUUAUCUUUGGCCUCAGCGGCGACUGUCAACGCACUUGCCAGCAUUUCUGUUAACUGGAUCAUGCUUAUAAUUCUGCAAUUCCUUGCUACUGUUUUAGCAUCGGGUCAAUAUCCUAUGGCUAUAACCUUACUUAGUGAAAGUGUUCCUAUGUCAAAACGAAAUGUAGCCGUCUUAAUUGUCGCUAGUAUAUUUCUCUUAUCUCAAGGAAUACUGGCAGUCCUGGCUAUACCAAUCAUUCCACUUACCUUCUCCUAUGAGCUAACUACUUUAGGUAUCUACUGGAAUUCCUGGCGGACUUUACUUUUAGUAUACUCAGCGCCCAGUAUUAUUUGUGCAAUGUGGCUAUUUUUCAUGUGCGAAAGUCCGAAGUUUCUUUUCGUUAAGGGUCGGGAGACUGAAGCAACAACCGUUUUGAAGAAAAUCCAUAAAUUAAAUCAUUUGAGCUCAAAGGAGGAGCUAAAUGUCAAAUGCUUACGGCUUGAAGCUUCAUCUAACACAGGUUCAAAAUCUACUAAAACUCAAUUUUUGCCGUUGUUUAAAUCACCGUUACUUAAGAGCACAAUUAUUCUAUCUUUGCUUUAUAUAUUUCAACAAGUCGGAGCAUUCGUUUGGCUGCCAACAAUUUCCAACCGAUUCGUAGAAAUAGUAAACACCGGAGAAGGCUCAAACCUAACUCUUUGCGCUAUUCUUAAAGAAAGUAUAAAUGCUCCACCUGAUCCAGAUGAAGUGCCUUGUUCGUUGAAUGAAACGUCCCUUCUGAUCGUGUUUGCUGUCGCCGUCGUUAAGUCUAUGACGAACGCUUUCAUAAGCAUAAUAGUAAACCGUGUCGGUCGACGCAACAUGGUAAUCAUCGUGACAGCGUUGUGCGGUGUGAGUGGCAUCAUUUCCAAUCUCGUACCAAACGCCAUCGGCAGCGCUGUACUAUUUUUCAUUUUCCUCAUCGGCAUCGUGACAUCGGGCUUAUACACAGCCAUGGCUGUCGCCUAUUUUCCGACUUAUCUCAGAACACUGGCGUUGGCAUUUUUGAUGACGGGAGGUCGUAUAGGCUCGUUUGUGUCAGUACAAAUCCUCAACAUUCUACUGGAAAACAAUUGUGAACUUAGCUUCUAUUUAUAUUCAGCUCUAUUUGCAUCUUCAGCUAUAAUCGCGGCGUUUCUUGCUGAUGAUCGGAUUCCGCAGAAGAUAAUGGAAACAACUACUUUCUAA